UUCAAUUGUUGUUCAAUUUUUUGUUGUCGUUUUCGACUAUAUAACCACAGAAAGCUCGAAAUUGUGUUAAGUGAACUUUUGCCAUAAAAAUGAACAACGUACCACUUUGUGUAGUAACUUUGGUGUCCCUUUGUAAUUGUUUGCAAUUUCCUUCCAGUUUCAAAAAAUGCGACAAGAGACGAAACGAUUUCAAUGAAUGUUUAAGUGAUGUUGUCUACGACAGUCUUAAAGUACUCGACAAACCUCUGCCUGGAUUUCCAAGUUUGCGUUGUAUUGAAUUUCCACCAGACGCUAUGAUGGAAAUAGGGAAUCGCACGUAUGGAUUAUGGCAAAAGUAUACUAAAUUUCGGGUGACUGGUCUUUCUAAUCCUCAAAGUAUAAAAACCAGGUUAGAUUUUGGGCCUGUAACUAGUACAUUAACAAUAGAGGCUUCUUACUCUGAACUUACGUGGGAAUCUGAGCUUGAAGCUCAAGGUACUGUGGUUCUUCUCCCUUUAAAUGUUAUAACACCUGGAGAACUAAUCAUGUAUAAUCCAACCCUUAGUUUUACAAUUAAAUUGGAGGAAUACGAGAAAGGUGCCACCUAUUUUAGGGUGAUUGAUUCUGAAUUCGAUAUGAAGAGCGCGGACCGCUUGAAAAUCGAGUUUAAGCAGUUAUUCCCUAACAGACGUCUCAACGAUGAAUUUAAUUCCGCACUCUCUGAAAAAGGGUUGCAAACUUUUGAACUUUUUAAACAUUUACAAGUGGCAUUUGCACCACAUUUUGGUUCUGUUUUCAAUAAUUUCCUGGAAAAAGUACCGGUUGUUGAACUUUUUGAUGAAUAGAAAUAUUUGCUUUAAUUUGUUAAC